ACACCGUCUCUGGACACACAAAAUCAAAAAGAAAACGAGAAGAAUGCGGACAAUCAGAGUGUAUCAAGUGGAACUACAACUACGAAUAAUGAUCUACCAACAGAAUCUUCUUCAUCAACAUCUACUGAAGCCAAUGGUACACCUUCACCACAAGCAACUGAGGGGAAUAAUGAAUCUGAUAAUAAAAACGCUCAGAGCGGUACUGCAGCUGAAGGGAAUGGGUCAACAAAUAAACCAGCUAAUGAGGAAUCAACUACCACCACCACCACAACAACAACAACAACACUUCCUCCUGAACUCACAAACAACAAGANUUUUCUUUUACUUUUGUGUGUGUGUGUGUGUGUUCUUUUUCUAAUAAUUCCAUUACUUGCUUUUUCCGUUCUGUGUUUGCAGAAAACUGGGCUGCUCUGCUCACUGACGGUAUACAUCUCUUGCUAG